AUGGCGAAAAGCAAUCUAACGAGCACCUCGGAAUUCCUUCUUCUGGGACUGUCAGAGGUGCCUGAGCAUCAGCCCCUUCUCUUCAGCCUGUUCCUGUCCAUGUAUCUGAUUGCUGUGAUGGGGAACCUGCUCAUCAUUUUGGCCAUCAGCUGUACUCCCCAGCUCCAUACCCCUAUGUACUUCUUCGUAGCCAAUCUGUCUUGUGUGGACAUAUGUUUCACCUCUGUCACAAUACCAAAGAUGCUCCUAAACAUCCAAACCAAGAAGCAAUCCAUCCCAUAUGUUGGAUGCCUCACUCAGAUGUAUUUUCUCAUUUUGUUUCUAGAACUGGACAAUAUCCUCUUGGCAGUAAUGGCAUAUGAUAGAUUUAUAGCCAUAUGUCGCCCUCUUCACUAUGCCAGAACCAUGAGUCCCAAAUUCUGUAUCACAUCAUUGUCUGUGGCUCUGAUCAUCACCAACAUCUAUCCCUUGAUCCACACUCUCCUGAUGGAUACACUGUCAUUCUGUGCAAGUGUCAGAAUUCACCAUAUUUUCUGUGAGCUGUAUGCAUUGCUGAAACUUUCUUGUUCAGACAUCCACAUCAAUGAAUUGGUUGUGUAUACCCUCGGAAGUUUUCUUUUUGUCACUCCCUUCUUGUUCAUUUUCCUUUCAUACAUGCACAUUUUCUCAGCCAUCUUAAGACUACAUUCUUCCCAGAGUAAGCUGAAAGCCUUUUCUACUUGUAGUUCCCACCUGGCAGUGGUGUCCUUGUUCUAUGGAACUCUAUUUGGAGUGUAUCUGCAGCCUUCUUCUUCCUACACAACUGAGGACUCAGUAGCCACAGUGCUGUAUGCAGUGGUAGCACCCAUGCUUAACCCGUUCAUCUAUAGCCUAAGGAAUAAAGACAUGAAAGGGGCCCUGAAGAACCUCCUCAAAUGGAAGAAAGUUUCCAAUUGGUGA